AUAGACCAUUCCGCAAACACCAUCUAAGCUAAAGUUCAAAGCCACAAGCGACGCACCAUUGUCCAAUAUAUAGGUUGCCUAGCCAGUGUGUGCUCAAGUCCAUCCAUACCUCCAAUUUUGCUGUUCAUCGAUGGAAAACAUCAGCCAUGCAACAACGACACCGCCAAGCACCUCGCGCUCGCCGUCGCCGCUGGUCGUAUUCAGCGCAUGCCUCGUCCUCGGCGCCGGUGGCCCGCUCCUCCUCCGCGUCUACUUCGUCCACGGGGGGCGGCGCCUGUGGCUGUCCACCCUGAGCCAGCUCUCCGGCUGGCCGCUCCUCGUCCCGUCCAUAUGCGUCUCCCUCUUCCGCAGCCGCAGGGAAGGAAUGGCCGACCGCCUCCAGCCCGCGCGCCUCGUCGCCGCCGUGGCCUUCCUCGGAGGGCUCUUCGCCGUGGCGUGCUUCGUCUACUCGCUCGGCGCGCAGGCGCUGCCCGUGUCCACGUCCUCGCUGCUGCUGGCCACGCAGCUCGCGUUCAACGCGGUGUUCGCGUUCCUGUUGGCCGGGCUCCGGUUCACGCCAUUCUCGGCCAACGCGGUCGUGCUGCUCACCAUCGGCCCGGCGGUGCUCGGAGUCGGUCCCCGCUCCGGAAGGCCUGCGGGCGAGUCGUCGAGGACGUACUGGACAGGGUUCUGCGAAGCCAUCGCCGCGGCGGCGCUGGCCGGGCUCGUGCUGCCGCUCGUCGAGGUCGCCAUGGCGCGCUACGGCCGACGCACCGGGCCGCCCCCUUACGUGACGGUGAUGCAGAUGCAGGUCGUGAUGGGCGCGGCUGGCACGAUGGUGUGCCUGCUCGGCAUGGCCGUCAAGGGAGACUUCCAGGCGAUGCCACGGGAGGCCGCCGAGUUCGGGCUCGGCGAGACCAAGUACUGCCUGGUGCUUAUCUUUGAAGCCGUCUCGUGGCAGCUCUUUAACCUGGGGAUCAUGGGCCUAAUCGUCUGCGUGUCGUCGCUCCUCGCCGGCGUCAUGAUCGCCGUCCUCCUUCCGCUGUCGGAGGUCCUCGCCGUCAUCUUCCUCCGCGAGAAGUUCGAUGACACCAAGGGCAUCGCCUUGGUGCUCUCGCUCUGGGGCUUCGCGUCCUACCUCUACGGGGAGGACGCGCAGAGGAAGCUGGAGGCGAAGAAGGUCGCGCAGCAGGCGGCGAAUUGAGAAGUGCAUGUGGGAUGUUGACAUCAGAGCUUGAUUCUCUGAAAACAAAUAAUCCUACCACAACGUGAAGAUUAUGGUUAAUGUACGUCUGUAUCCAACAACCUAAACGAGAUGAAAAUAUGCGUGUCAGUCUAGGUCUCUAUGACUUUCUGCCUGAUUGCACAUGGGUGAAAACUCAAUUGCAGA